AUGGAACCCCUUUUUGCUGGAGCGCUGUUUGCUUACGAGGAUGAGGAGCCACAGGCCGAGCUGCGCGGCAUCAUGGCCUACAGCGGCUCCGGCAGGCUGUACGUGGUGGGAGACGAUGGCAAGAUCAAGGCGGCCGAUGUGCGGCAGCAGCUGCUGUCAGGCGCCUGGGCGCAGGGUGGCGCUGCGGGCACGGCGCCGCCGCCCAGCCUGCGCACCAUCACCGCCAGCCCGCCGCUGGAGCUGACCGCCGCCCACUGCGGCCUCAACCGCUCCGGCACGUACGCCGCGGUGGCGGGCAGCGCCCUGGAGGAUCCCGAGAUCAGCCGGGUGGUAGUCAUCGACCUCGCCAACUGCCGCCCAGCGCCCGGCUCGCCCGCAAGCGGCGGCGCCGCCCGGCACGACCUGUGCGACGCGGUGGUGCUGGACGCAGAGCUCUUUGCCAGCCGGCCGGGCCUGCGGGUGCUGCAGGUCGGGUGGCACCCCGACAGCGAUGCCCACCUGGCGGUGCUGACCUCAGGCGAGCCGGGGGCCUGCUGCCGCUGCCGCCCGCCGGUGGCGCGUGGUGAUGACAACACGUGGCGCCUGUACAACACCCAGCACGCCGGGCUGGCGGAGCAGACGUUUGAGCUCCAGCUGCGCAGCAGGCGGGGCCUUGGCCUGGGCGGCGCCGGCUCUGGCGCCGGCGGCGCCGGGAGAGCAGCGGUCGCCUUUAGCUUUGGGCCGCCAGAGCUGUGGCAGCGCUUCUCCCUCUACUUCCUCACAGGCGACGGCAGCCUGUGGUGCCUGUGCCCGGUGGUGCCCUUUGGCUGCCGCUACUCCACCAGCACAAUAGAGCAGCUGGAGGGGGCGGCGGAUGCCGGCGGCAGCGGCGCCGGCGGCGAGGUCGACUUCGGCACCGCGCCCAACGCCCAGGCCUGGCUGCAGCGCGCUUUCCAGCUGCUGGCCACACCGCAGGACCCAGCAUUUGGCUCGGGAAUGAUGCAAAGCGUGCCGCACGCGCUAGACGAGCACGUGCCUGCGCUGGCGGGCCCACUGCCGGUGGCGUCGGCGGCAGGCGAGGAGCAGCGGGAGGGCGGCAGCCUGCUGACGCGCAUGGCGGGCAGCGGAGACGCGGCGCAGGCGCUGCUGCUUUCCAGGUUUUCGGAGGGCUGCACCGCUGUUGCUGUGGCCACGGCCCGAGGCUUCCUGGGGCUGCACCUGCUGGCGGGGUUCGGCGGCGGUGCGGCACCUGCCUGGUGCGAGUCUGCGCCGCAGUGUGUGUCAGAAGGGCUUGAGAUACAGGCAGUGCGGUCGCAGGUUGGAGUGGUGCCAACAGGGAGCGGCCAGCCGGCGCUGCUACUGCUGGACGUUGUGAACUUGAGCCUGCCGCCACCAGAUGGCGCCUCGGCGGCGGCGGCGGACGAGGAUGACGACGGGGAGGUUCUGGCCAUCGGCGGCGGCACCUCUGCUGCCAGCGUCGCGCUCUUGCCGGAUGCUGUGGCCCCAGAGGUGCUGUACGCUGUGCACUGCAGCGCCGCUCAUGCCAUCACCUUGUCCUGGCUGCCGCUGCUGGCGGGGCUGCUGGAGGAGGUAGGCGGCGCGCGGCUGCCGGCCGCGCUGCCGCAGCCGGCUGCAGAGCUGCUGAUGCGCAGCGGAGCAGGUGUGGCAGCCGCGGCGGCGGUCGGCGACACCCUCUCCGGCUCGGCCCUGGUGGUGCUGGAGGCAGACGGCAAGCCGAGGUGCCUACGGCCGCACCGGGCCGACGCCACGGCAGCAGCAGGCGGCGCAGGCGGCGGCGGAGCGGCGUCGGCGGCGGCGGCGUCGGCGCCAGCCGGCGGCAGCGCGGCCCAGCGGGACGUCGAGGCUCAGCUGGCCACGAUCUAUGGAGACCUGCGCAAAGGCCCCAAGCCCUGCGAGCUGCCGCAGGCGGCGGCGGGCCGCGCCGCCGGGGCCGGCAACCUGGAGGGGCAGCGCCUGCUGAACGAGGCGGCGGCGGCGCUGCGUGCGUCCCAUGUGGAGUUUGCGCACCAGGCUCACCAGGAUCUCACGGAGCGCAUGCGGCAGCUGCAGGCAGAGAUCGACGGGCAGCGGCGGCGGCUGGAGGACGCGGAGGCGGCGGCGGCGGCAGCGGAGCAGGCGGCGGCGGCUCUGGACGCCAAGGCCGCGCGCGUUCAGCAGUUCCAGGGGAACCUGGGGGAGCGGCUGCGUCUCCUGGCCGAGCUGCACUGGGCGCUGCCCCGGCCGCCGUCUCGCGCGGAGCGGCGGUUUGCUGACGAGCAGCUGCCCGCCUUUGAGGCGGCUGCCACGGCGCUGGAGGAGGAUGCGAGGGCGCUGCGCACGCGCGUGUCGCUGCUGCAGCGCAAGCUGCGCUCCGUGGGGCAGGUGGCGGCGGGGGCGGCGGCGCUGGGCGGCGGCACGGCAGCGGCGGUGCUGCCGCCGCACCAGCUGCGCCGCGUGCGAGAGGCGCUGGCGGAGCAGGAGCAGCAGAUUGGCGCCAAUCAGCAGCGGCUGAGCGUGCUCGAGGAGGCCGCCGCGGUGGCAGCCGCGGUGCACGGCUGA